AUGGACGGCCUGCAAGUUUGCUGGGUGCACCAAGAGGUUGAAGACGAAAGUGAAGAUGACGAAGACGAAGAAACACAGCUUCUUCCAGGAAGCUUGCGUCCAUUCGAAGCUGCAGGCUUUCAUUCGAGUCGCCAGUUCGCCGCAGUCGCCGCGCAGGAGAGAAGCGAAGAAGCCAUAUGGUCCUCCGGCCUUCCUCCUCAGAGCGCGUCCUCAUCCUCAGAAGAGACACACCCUCAUCGGAACAAGCAAAUACACUCUUGCAUCACCGGGAAAACUCGGAGCGUCCCCAGUUCUCGACAACAUACAGCGUCUCCUUUCUUGUCGCCAUCUUCGACUUCUUUGUCUUCUUCUGUCGCGCCUCCUGAUUCAUCUUUUUCAUCUUCCUUAUCUUCCCCUCGAUUGUCUUCCUCACCGGUAGCUCUUUCUUCUGAAGCUUCGUCUUCUGCUUUUCCUUCUGAAGCUUCGUCGUCUUCUGCUUUUCCUUCUGAAGCUUCGUCUUCUGCUUUUUCUUCUGAAGCUUCGUCUUCUUCUGCUUUUCAUUCUGAAGCUUCGUCUUCUGCUUCUUCUUCUUCUACCCUAUCGUCGCCCCCACCGUUAUUGUCUGCGUCCUCUCCACUGUUGAAAUCAGAAUGUCGUUCGGAACCUCGAGUUCUUUUUCCUUCUUCUGUCCUUCCCGCUGUCAGGCUCCCUCCUCUUCCUUCUGACAGGCUGUCCAAGGUCUGCUCUCUCGUCUCCCAACUCAGCGACAGCAGCACAACGACAGCUGCUUCGCGUUCGCCGGAACAGGAGGUCUCCCCUCCCUGUCCUCCCGCAUUUCGCCGUCUCGCGACCUCUGCCUACAACUCAUAUCUUCCAUCGUCUUUUUCCAUCUCUGCUCUCUCUCGCUGCUCUUCGGUUUCUCCCCCUUCUUCGUCUUCUUCGCAUACGUCCUCUUCCUUCUCUUCUUCCUCUUCUUCUUCUCUCUCUUCUUCCUCUUCCUUCUCUUCUACCUCUUCUUCCCUCUCUUCUUCAUUUUCUGCUACCUCCUUUUCUACGCGUUCCUCUUCUUUCUCCGUCCACGGCGGUUCACUGUGUUCGCCGUCUCCUCUUGGCUGCGCUGGUUUUUCGGAGUCUCUCUGUCUCUCGCCGCGUUGCUCCCGAGAGCCGCCUGGCAGCGAGCUCUUCAACUUGCUCGAUGACCUGGAAUCGGGAGUCGUUUGCGAAUUUGAUCCUCCAUCUCCGAAUAAGGCUCUCAGAGAAAAGGGUGAAGACUCUUCUCCCUUUUCUUCCGAUGUCUCGUCACCGUCUUCUCCUCUGAAGUCUUUUUUAUCUUCUCCUCGCCUCCGUCAUUCUGCUUCAACUGCGCUUCCGCGCGAUUCUCUCCGAUCUUCUGCUGCUUCCCCCUCGUCUCCCCUGCAGGCGCCCUCUUCGUAUUCUUCUCUCAGUUCUUCCUCAGCGUCCUCUUCCUCGUCUUCUUUCGCUUCUUCCUCUCCCCCGACUCUCUCUCCAUCUUCUUCCUCUUCUCCACCUUCCUCAUCUGCGUCUUCAGUCUCGUUUUCCACUCCGUCCUCGUCGUCUCCGAAUUCCAGAUUCUCUUCCUCCUUCCCGAGAGGCUUUUCGUCUCCGUCGACGGUGUCGGAAUGUCAUCCGGUUUCAACCGCUUUGAGCUGUCCUCGCUCUGCGUCUUCUGCAUCGGCGGCUGCGACUAACAGCGUUCUGCCUCUCUCAGAGAACGCAAGAAGCUUGUUCGUUUCUCCCUCCCUCUCAGACCUCGCUGACGUUAUGGCAGUCGACUUCGAGGACGUCGACUCCGGUCCUGCUCCGUCUUGUUCCUCUUCUUCUUGUUCAUCUCGCGCGUCUUUUUCGUUCUCGUCUCUUUCACAUUCGUCGCCCAGUCCUUUGCCUGCUUCGGCAUAUUGCUCUCGUCCUGUGCUUCGCCACUCUGCCAAAGACACCGCGGAGAGACGGCGAAAAGAUACGGCAGAAAGCGAACUCAGAAGAGGGGAGGACGACAGAACAGAACCGCACAAGACGUGGAUGCCAGAAAGGGGAGAUGCAGUCAAAGAGGCAAACAGAACACCGGCACAAGAGCUUCGCCACUCCGCAGAGGCCCACCAACCAGACACAGAAGAAAUAUCGUCUCAUUUCCUCGCCUUCUUCGACGACUCGAUUCCUCUCAACCACGGUGUACAUCCAGCCGAACACCCUGACAGAGGCCUUACGCCCACCAGCAAACCAGAAAUGAAAUCCCUCCCAGACGUAGCAUCCUCAAGUCCCUCUCCAACUCAUCUCUCAUUCACAACUGCAGGCUUCCGUUUCGCAUCGGGGCGGGAGGUGACUGUGAGCGAGGAAGCGAGGAGGAAGGCUAGGGAGAUGCUGCAGCUGGAGGCUGCUGAGAGCGAGGUGCGAGAGCAAGCCGAACAGGGAGCAGGUGGAUCGAUGAGGAGAGACGAAACGGGGAGAACAGAUGGACAUGAAACGCAGGGGAUAGGCACAACUGCAGGCUUCCGUUUCGCAUCGGGGCGGGAGGUGACUGUGAGCGAGGAAGCGAGGAGGAAGGCUAGGGAGAUGCUGCAGCUGGAGGCUGCUGAGAGCGAGGCGCGAGAGCAAGGCGAACAGGGAGCAGGUGGAUCGAUGAGGAGAGACGAAGCGGGGAGAACAGAUGGACAUGAAACGCAGGGGAUAGGCACAACUGCAGGCUUCCGUUUCGCAUCGGGGCGGGAGGUGACUGUGAGCGAGGAAGCGAGGAGGAAGGCUAGGGAGAUGCUGCAGCUGGAGGCUGCUGAGAGCGAGGUGCGAGAGCAAGGCGAACAGGGAGCAGGUGGAUCGAUGAGGAGAGACGAAGCGGGGAGAACAGAUGGACAUGAAACGCAGGGGAUAGGCACAACUGCAGGCUUCCGUUUCGCGUCGGGGCGGGAGGUGACUGUGAGCGAGGAAGCGAGGAGGAAGGCUAGGGAGAUGCUGCAGCUGGAGGCUGAUGAGUGCGAGGUGCGAGAGCAAGCCGAACAUGGAGCAGGUGGACCGGUAAGGAGAGACGUAGCGGGGAGAACAGAUGGACAUGAAACGCAGGGGAUAGGUACAACUGCAGGCUUCCGUUUCGCAUCGGGGCGGGAGGUGACUGUGAGCGAGGAAGCGAGGAGGAAGGCUAGGGAGAUGCUGCAGCUGGAGGCUGCUGAGAGCGAGGUGCGAGAGCAAGGCGAACAGGGAGCAGGUGGAUCGAUGAGGAGAGACGAAGCGGGGAGAACAGAUGGACAUGAAACGCAGGGGAUAGGCACAACUGCAGGCUUCCGUUUCGCGUCGGGGCGGGAGGUGACUGUGAGCGAGGAAGCGAGGAGGAAGGCUAGGGAGAUGCUGCAGCUGGAGGCUGAUGAGUGCGAGGUGCGAGAGCAAGGCGAACAGGGAGCAGGUGGACCGGUAAGGAGAGACGUAGCGGGGAGAACAGAUGGACAUGAAACGCAGGGGAUAGGUACAACUGCAGGCUUCCGUUUCGCGUCGGGGCGGGAGGUGACUGUGAGCGAGGAAGCGAGGAGGAAGGCUAGGGAGAUGCUGCAGCUGGAGGCUGAUGAGUGCGAGGUGCGAGAGCAAGCCGAACAUGGAGCAGGUGGACCGGUAAGGAGAGACGUAGCGGGGAGAACAGAUGGACAUGAAACGCAGGGGAUAGGUACAACUGCAGGCUUCCGUUUCGCAUCGGGGCGGGAGGUGACUGUGAGCGAGGAAGCGAGGAGGAAGGCUAGGGAGAUGCUGCAGCUGGAGGCUGCUGAGAGCGAGGUGCGAGAGCAAGGCGAACAGGGAGCAGGUGGAUCGAUGAGGAGAGACGAAGCGGGGAGAACAGAUGGACAUGAAACGCAGGGGAUAGGCACAACUGCAGGCUUCCGUUUCGCGUCGGGGCGGGAGGUGACUGUGAGCGAGGAAGCGAGGAGGAAGGCUAGGGAGAUGCUGCAGCUGGAGGCUGCUGAGAGCGAGGUGCGAGAGCAAGGCGAACAGGGAGCAGGUGGAUCGAUGAGGAGAGACGAAGCGGGGAGAACAGAUGGACAUGAAACGCAGGGGAUAGGCACAACUGCAGGCUUCCGUUUCGCAUCGGGGCGGGAGGUGACUGUGAGCGAGGAAGCGAGGAGGAAGGCUAGGGAGAUGCUGCAGCUGGAGGCUGCUGAGAGCGAGGUGCGAGAGCAAGCCGAACAGGGAGCAGGUGGAUCGAUGAGGAGAGACGAAACGGGGAGAACAGAUGGACAUGAAACGCAGGGGAUAGGCACAACUGCAGGCUUCCGUUUCGCAUCGGGGCGGGAGGUGACUGUGAGCGAGGAAGCGAGGAGGAAGGCUAGGGAGAUGCUGCAGCUGGAGGCUGCUGAGAGCGAGGUGCGAGAGCAAGGCGAACAGGGAGCAGGUGGAUCGAUGAGGAGAGACGAAGCGGGGAGAACAGAUGGACAUGAAACGCAGGGGAUAGGCACAACUGCAGGCUUCCGUUUCGCAUCGGGGCGGGAGGUGACUGUGAGCGAGGAAGCGAGGAGGAAGGCUAGGGAGAUGCUGCAGCUGGAGGCUGCUGAGAGCGAGGCGCAAGAGCAAGGCGAACAGGGAGCAGGUGGAUCGAUGAGGAGAGACGAAGCGGGGAGAACAGAUGGACAUGAAACGCAGGGGAUAGGCACAACUGCAGGCUUCCGUUUCGCAUCGGGGCGGGAGGUGACUGUGAGCGAGGAAGCGAGGAGGAAGGCUAGGGAGAUGCUGCAGCUGGAGGCUGCUGAGAGCGAGGUGCGAGAGCAAGGCGAACAGGGAGCAGGUGGAUCGAUGAGGAGAGACGAAACGGGGAGAACAGAUGGACAUGAAACGCAGGGGAUAGGCACAACUGCAGGCUUCCGUUUCGCAUCGGGGCGGGAGGUGACUGUGAGCGAGGAAGCGAGGAGGAAGGCUAGGGAGAUGCUGCAGCUGGAGGCUGCUGAGAGCGAGGCGCGAGAGCAAGGCGAACAGGGAGCAGGUGGAUCGAUGAGGAGAGACGUAGCGGGGAGAACAGAUGGACAUGAAACGCAGGGGAUAGGCACAACUGCAGGCUUCCGUUUCGCAUCGGGGCGGGAGGUGACUGUGAGCGAGGAAGCGAGGAGGAAGGCUAGGGAGAUGCUGCAGCUGGAGGCUGCUGAGAGCGAGGCGCGAGAGCAAGGCGAACAGGGAGCAGGUGGAUCGAUGAGGAGAGACGAAGCGGGGAGAACAGAUGGACAUGAAACGCAGGGGAUAGGCACAACUGCAGGCUUCCGUUUCGCAUCGGGGCGGGAGGUGACUGUGAGCGAGGAAGCGAGGAGGAAGGCUAGGGAGAUGCUGCAGCUGGAGGCUGCUGAGAGCGAGGCGCGAGAGCAAGGCGAACAGGGAGCAGGUGGAUCGAUGAGGAGAGACGAAGCGGGGAGAACAGAUGGACAUGAAACGCAGGGGAUAGGCACAACUGCAGGCUUCCGUUUCGCAUCGGGGCGGGAGGUGACUGUGAGCGAGGAAGCGAGGAGGAAGGCUAGGGAGAUGCUGCAGCUGGAGGCGACUGGUAGCGAGGAGGUUUGUCAACAGACAGAUGUCGCGAAUGUUCUCGGUAACGAAGUUGGGUUUACGACGACGGGUGUCUGUACUCCGCCUGGCGCCUUGGUGUCCUGUCAUCCCAUUUCAGGUUCAGUUGCCUGCAUUCCCUCGGUUGGUUCACCGUCUCCGUCGAAGCUGUUUGCCUCGUUUGCUGUGUCUUCUUGUUGCGCGACAGUGGCUGGCAUUGGUCCAGGGUCUGUCCCCCUUGUCUCCGUUCUAGGAGGGUGCGGAGACUGUGGGGCGGACCUCGGGGAGAGGGAUCCCGGGAGGGUGACGGGUCCAGGCACAGGUGAGGAGACAGAUCGGGAGCCUUCAGCCUCUCACUUCGUUCGUAUGCAAUCAACUGCACAACCGAGUUGCGUUACCAAUCAUGAUGAAGCAAGGAAAUUCCAGAGCUCCGUUCCAAGCGAGGCAACGGAGUGCUCCCAGGUGUCUCUCCCUUCCCCUUCGUCUGCUCUGAGGUCUGCUCCGAGUCUCUCGGACUCUUCUGCGCCUGCGGGUCAGCCUGCGUCUGAGGUAGAGAACCGUAGUUCGUCUUCCUUGUCUUCGAGAGCUCGGCCUCCGUCCCUGAGACGGCGAGGCCUGACUUCUGGCUUGCUGGGCGUUCCCCGCCUCGCGGCCUCCGGCGUCGGAGCCCAAGACGCCCGCGCUGCGGUCCCCAGAGACAGGAGACACUUUAAGGCCCCACGGCGGAACUCGCAGACGGCAUCUCUGGGGGGCCAAAGGCCUCGCGUUCAAGAGAGGACUCGCGAAGACCUUGUAAAGGCGAAACAAGAGGACGCCUCGCGAAGUGAAGGAAGUGGAGAAAAAGAGGAGAAGCAGUAUUGUUUUCCCGAGGCUCAGACAAACGUACUACGGGCGUCUGGAACUCACUUUUCUUCGCUGUUCUCUGUGUCGACGGAGCCGAAAGAUCUUUCUUUUCCUUCUUCAGCGUGCUCAUCUUCGCUGCCGCAGGUUUCGGAUGCUUCGCCUCUUUAUCAAAACAUGCUUGUUAUCCGGAGGCUAUGGGAACUGCAUGCGCGUCGCUUCUCGAUCUGUUUGUCUCCACUGUCUCGCUCUGCAGACCCAACGGCGCGUGUGUCUUCCUCUCCGUAUCCUCAGUCUCCCUCGUCCCUCUGGCCGCCCGGGCCUCUCCCGGCUGCUGUCUCCCCAGACUCGCGCGAUGCAUGCGAACGGCGGAAUUUCCAGUUUUCCUUUCUCGACCGGGGGCUCUGGCUGGUGUGUCUUCCGGAGCACCUGCACAAGCGAACUGUGCCUCUUUUCUGUGGUUCCCUUGAGGCGGCUAGGGACUUUCUGCUUCUCUCUUGCACAGCGCGGGGAGACGAAUGCAUCGAAGACUCCAGUGGGUGGAGCCGAGGCGCCUCAAGUGGGUGCCGAGCUCGCGAAGACAACGCUGGAACUCGAGCUGAGGACGGAAGCGCAGACGGAGACUCCGGUGGCAGAAGCAUGUUGGUCGGGGGGGUGGAGGAAUUCUCUCGGAUGGUCGGCACCUAUCUUCAGUGGAAGCGCGAGGUGAAGCGAGAGUCUCCGUCUACAGCUUCGUCAGCUCUGCUGGAGAAAACAAGGAACGGAAAGAAACGAAGAGAGACACCAGAGUUGCGUGGAAACAGGAACCGCUUCACUCGCGCCUGGGUGGCACACCAUUACAGUCUCCUUUGUCUCCGCGCAGCGCAGAGAUGGACGCGGUCCUUCGCUCUGUCCGUUGCUUCGUACCGCCACGAGAGCCAUCACAGGAACAGCUGUACCGGAUCUUCCUCCACUCUCUCUCACUCUUUCCUUCGUCAUCCUCCUUUGCAGACAUCUGCUGUCUCUCUGCAAGGACCUCGCGAUGCAGUCGCUCCUGCUCCUCCGUUCUCUUCUCCUUCUCGUCCGUCUGCCUGUCCGGCGUCUGUUCAGUCUUUUCUAGGCCCCCCUCGACCUCCGAGUCCUUUGCGUCUGCUGCGGGCGCUGCUGUGUCGCGUGGAAGCAGAAGAAGAAGGACGUCGUUCGGUGCUGCGUCAAGUUUGCGAGGGCGACUUGUCUCCCGCCACCCCAAUGGUGUUGGAGGUUCUCUGUCCUCCCUUUUGCUCUGAGGACCCUCUGUCUCUGCGAGUGUCUGAUGGCUGGUACGUCGUGAAGGCGCGCGUGGUGGAUCCGUCUCUUGCAGUCGUUUUGCGUCGCAUUUUUCAGCGAAGAGACAACCGUUCUCACGCCGCACAGACCCCGCACUCACCUCCCUUCCCUAGGUUUUCCUUUCGCCGGAUCUUCGUCCAAGGCGCCUCUCUCUCUGGACUCUCUGAGCCGUGCUGUCCGCUCGACCUCCCUUCACAGGCCUGCCUCCUUCUGCAUGCAUCGACUUGCCGCCCUCUGUUUUCUCCCUUGCCGUUGCUCUCUUCGCCUGCGUCGUCACUGCCCUCUUUUCUCAUGGCGACGGAUUCGAAGGCACCCUUGCCUUCCGCGCCUUCUCCUGUCGCCUCCUGUCCUCUGUUCUCUUCUCUUCUGUUUGCGCCGGAGUGGCUAGGCAAAGGGUGUGCGUCGUCUCUCGCGUCUCUGCGGGGCUCCGCGUUCCCUCUCGGCCGCUGGCUUUCUGGGAGGGGGGAGCGGAAGCAGCGAACAGGCGGCAGAGAGGAGAAGGAAGAAGAGGAGAGAGCUGUGCCGCAGGCGGUCAAGAGUCUGCGCCGCGGAGUGGGCGGAGAGAUCCCCGUAGUCGAUGUGAUUCUUCUCCGGAGAGGCCCUUUGCUGUUUCGAGUUCGUAGAGAAGUUCCUAAACCUGGGGGAAGUGGACGUCCGCUGGAAACGCGAGAAGGCUCCAGAGAAAACGAACACCCGCCGGAGAACGAUGUCGGAGACUCGGAGCCGAGAGAGACCAAGACGGUGUUGAUGACGGAGGCCGAGUACCGUGCGUGGUUCCAGCGAGAACAGGAGACGCUGCAAAGAAAACGAGAAGAAGAGUUGGUUCUUCUCCAAGAGAAACUCGAAGAAGUUCGACGCAAGACCGAGUCCAAGAAGGCGAAGCGGAGACGGACACCCUGCCUCCAGACGAGAGAAGAGGACGACGGGGACGGAGAGACAGCAGAGUCAGGCGGAAAAGACAAGACGAGUUUGAGGAAAGAAGCCCCACAGAGAGAGGAAGAAGGGCACACAUGUGAGGAGAGAGACUGCGAGGCCACCCUGUCGGAAGAAGAGGCCGAAGAUGAACUACGAGAUUUAGAAAGACAGCUCACUCGCUUGGAAGAGUUGUGGAGAGUUGACAGAGAAAACUUGGCAAAGAAAGGGCAAUCGCAAAUUGACCUCCUCGUGGUCGACUCCCUUUUUCUCCACAAGCUUUCUGCCCUCGCACUGAUGGCCUUCGCGAACGUCGCAACUUCUGCAUCCGCUCCUUCUCACGUCAAGGCUUCUGUCAACUGUGUCUCGUUUCUCGACGCAAGUGGACCCCCUUCUCGUUCUUCUCUCUGCGGCGUAGACCAAGUUGCGGUUGCGUCCUCGUCCGAUCCGCGUUGCGUCGCCUCGGCUUCAUCGAAUGUCCCCCCGACUGUCUCUUCUUCUCUCGCACCUCCUUUGGCUCCUCUUCCGGUUCCACCGGCAGCAGCCUCCUCAUCUUCCUCUCCGUCUUUUGUUUCCUGUUCUUCGUCUUCCAAUUCGUCUUCGCCUCUGGCUGCUUCGACCUCUGUUUCUGCGUCCGGCGUUUCUCUUGCGCCUUCGUUCGGCGUCUCUCAGACGGACAUCGAAAACGCUCUGGACUCUGCGCUGGAGGAAGAAACCGAGACGAAGCACCACACGUCGACCUCGUCCUCAAUGGUGUCCUCCCCUUCUCUGCGCGCCUCGCCUUCCACAGUUUCUCCUCAAUCUUCUGCUCCUGCUGCUCUUUUUGAAUUCGCCGUCGCCAAUUCUGGAUGUCGCUCGCGUCGUCCCUCGGACUCCCAACAACACGCGAGUGAGGCGCCGCACUCCAGAACCGAAAGGCGCGACGAGGCAAAGCUCCCAGCGCAUGCGAAAUCUCCCCCAGCAACGUACGCGCGAGACCGUUCUGUCAACAGCAAACCGUGCGAAGAUCUUCUUUCUCUCUUGCGUUUAUGCGGCUGUCUACGCCCGCGAAAAGUCGAAGAAGAGACAGACCUGAAAACGGUCGCAGGUCUCGCGCGUCUGUUCCGCCAGAGCCUCGCGUGCAUCACGCUGUCAGGAGAUCCCGCGACCGAAGAGGAGACGCCCUUCCACGAGUUGCAGGAAGGCGAGCGCGUCAAGAUUUCCAAUCUCGCUUGCUCCCCCGCUGCGUCCGUCUACUCCACCAGGCAGAGACGACACGGACAGGAACCAGAUCGAGGAGGAGGAGGAGGAGGGACGGGGAAAUGGACAGACGAAUGGUCGGAGCUGAAUGCUGCUGAAGAAGAACGCAGACUGGGUGGAAUCGACUGCCAUGGCAACCAGAGACUCGUGCGGCUACAUGGCACGAAAAGAACGGCUUUCCAGAUUGUUCGCCUCGCCCCUGGCUCCGCUCUGUCUCCUCACCCGUCAGGCUCCCAUCCCGCUGUGUCAAGCCCCCAUGUGUCGGCAUUCUUUCCUUCUCCUCCAUCUUCUUCUCCUCCGUCUUUUUCUCGAUAUCCUUCUAGUUCUUCUCGUCCUUUUGCUUCUCCAUCUUUCUCUCGUUCUCCUCCCUCUUCUUCCCUCGUGCGGCUUCUGCCUGUCUGUACUGCUGGCUCAGGCGGCUCGCGUCCUCUGCCCUUUGCUGUGCCUCUCUCGGUACUCUCGACCUCCCUCCGAGCUUCUCUCGCUGCCUUUUCUUCUGCUUUAUCUCCUCUCCGCUCCCCUUCUUCUUCUGCGGCUCUGUCCCCUUCUGCGGGUGCUUCGGCUGCCUCUGGCGCUGCCGAACGCGAGAACUGCCAGCUUGGAGAAGGCGCCAGAAGCAACUUGUUCGCAGAGGGACCGACACCGGGCGCCGAGCGAGAAGGAGAACACACAGAAGAAGCGAACGACGGAGAGCCAUCUGAGGAACUCGACGAGGCUGAGGGAGGGACGAAGAGACAGCAAGGUCGGGGACGGAGGAGAGCGCCGUCGAGUUCUGUCAAAGGAGCUCUUGACGCGACGGCGCAGAAGAGACAGAAGAGACAGCUGGCUGAACUCCCGCGGCACUGCUGCGCACCCGCGAAGGACUUUGAACAAACAGAGCGAGAAGCCUCGCCGAGUGGAUCGGAUCUGGGGUGUAAGGAAAAGAGGGAACGUCUCACGACUCGGCUCUCUGCGAAACGUUCGACUUGCCGCCCUCCCGACUCUGGACCAGGAGCAGAGACGAAGGAAGAGAGUAAACGAAGAAACGCGGAGGACACAGGCACCAAGGUCGAAAGCGCCUUUCUUCUCUCCGCUCUCUCGCAGUGGCUUCUGCCCUUGUCCUCCCUGGAUGUUUUGCUUGGUCUCUGUCACCUGCCGCUCUUCUCACAGGCGCACAGACUCGCCUGCCUUCUCAAGGAGGCUGACCGCGAGAGAGAGAGGGAACAAGAAGUCCUGCAGCGAGAAGAAAAGCAAGCAAGCACAGCCACAGAGGGAAGGCGACUCAGGGAGAGAGGUGAACUGACGCUCAGACCGAGGAAGGAAAUGUUUUUCAGAGGAGAAGCGGCGAACCAUGUCAGGGAAAGGGAUGAAAGACGGGCUCAGGACAGAGGGCGAUGGCCUCAUUUCCCGGAGACGCAAGUGCUAAACGAACGGCUGUCGAAAUCUGGAGAGGAAGGAAAAGAGAAUGUAUGGCAGCAGCUGGCUGACGCGGAGUCCGUGAACGCAAAAGGUAUCCUGAAAGGGCAAGCGUCCGAGAGUAUGCAGUGUCUCCAAAGGCAUGGUUUGAAAGGCAGCGAACAGACGGACUCCCGCGUUUCUCCGCCAGACUCUCUCUACCGCUUUACAGCUCCUCCCAUUUCCAUCGGCAUUCUUCCGGCCGUCGCCUACGACCUUGUAGGAGUGCUUCUCUUGCUCGAAGAUCACCAGGUCUCUCCUCUCUUGGGCUCGUAUUCUGCUGAUUCUGCCCAGACCUGCUCGGCGUUUGUCGGGAGCGAACGGCAUGCGAGUCCUUCUGGCCUCGUCGCCUUUCUGUGGACGUCUACAGACCAAAUAUGUUGCAUUCGUGUGAAGCCCUCGAGGAACUUUUCGGACUUCUCUGCCAACUCAGGCAGGCAUUCGCGGCUCGAAGCGCCUUCCUCUUCUUCCUCUUCUUCCUCUUCUUCCUCUUCUUCUCUCGCUUCUGCUUCUCGCUCCGGGAGAGAAGCGACAGGCUGCGCGGCGUCCAGAGAAGCUCCCGCAGGCGGGUGUCCGUUUUUGCUGAGAUAUCGACAGAUGCUUCUGGGCGCUGCGGGGAGAAGGAACGCGGGGACGACCGAGGGUGUGAAAGCAAGGCAGGGUGUGACAGCCGAGAGGGCCGAAGGUCUCCAGAGAUGGUGGAUGUUUCAGACGGAGGAGAGGGGAAAGGUGGAGAGCGGAAUCAAGGAAAAGAAGCAUUCUUUCACAGGUUCAGUGUGCGUUUCCUCCAUUUCGUCGUCUGUCGCUGCCUCUCUCUCACCGGGUUUCCUUUCUCUUCGGUGGGCUCUCUUCCAGAACGUGGAAUUCCAAGGACGCGAUCCGAACCUUGGCAUUUUCAACUUUUCUGCUUCACCUCGUCUUCUCCAUCUCGCAAGUGGACCUCUGCACGCGCCUCUGCCUUCUAAGGCUUCUCCUGUUUUUUCGACUUCUUCGGCGUAUACGAAUUCUUUACCUUUUUCUCGGAAUUCGUCUUCUUGGCAGCUUCCAUCUUCUUCACUGCCUCGAUCUUCUUGUUUGAAUUCUCCGUUUGCUUCGGACUCCCCACCGCCUUGUUCGACGUCCUCCUCUUCGGCUGCGGGGGCGUCCUCUUCGUCGGUUCUCGCCUCCUCCCUGUGUCCUGCUGCGUCUCCUGCGGAUGCACAGAGCGGUCUUCACCCUUACUGCACUGAAGAAGAAGAGAGAGAAGGAAAAGACAAAAGUGGAAGCAGAGACACUGGCGGCAGCGACAGCGACUUCGGGGACCGAAAGGCGAGGAAGAAAAACGGAGUUCGAGAGGGAAGAGAGCACGGCGUAACGGAGACUUCUCAGCGUGUAGCAGGCCAACGGGAAGGAGCAAGGGGAGAGAAGCAGAGUGGAAGGCGACCUGCAGAUUCUGCGAUGCGACAGGAAGAUCCCAGGAAGAACAUGCGUCUUAGAGAGGAAAGGAACGAAAGUGAGAUGAGGAACGAAGUCGACGCCCCUGCGAGCAAAGGCAGCGACAAAGAGGGAGAGCGCGAGGAAGGAGACAGAGAAGUGAAGAGACAAAGAACGACGCCAAAGCGACCAAGUUGUCGCGUGGACGGCAAAGAAGAGAGAGCGAUAACCGUGUGUGCGGUAGGGAUGAACGACUGUUUGUCGGAGGACAGAACAGUCUCCACGAAGAGGGCAGCGAAGCCGAGAAAUCAGAGAGGAGAAGCAGCAGAUUUCAUCAGUUUCGAAACAGCUUAUGGAGACUGGAAAGAAACGGCAUGCUUCUCCGAUCGGCACGAGUUUGAAAAGGCUAACCGUUUUUCCUUUCUCCAAGACGAAAUCUGCGACCUUUUUCGCUUUCUGGGCGCUCCGGAGGCGGCGCCUGCUUCGAGCGACAGACGCGGAAAAGACCGAGCAAAGCCUCUGCUUCAUAACGACCGAGCUCGGUUGGAUAUACAGAGCGCGGACCAGCCAGGAGGGCGUUCUGAGGGAGACAAGCAGCGUCCGCCGAGCGACGAAAACCGUCCACUCGAUCGCAAUUGGGAUCCGCGGUGUUCAGUCAAAGAGCAACUGGUACGAGAGAGAGGUGCACUGAACGAUUGGGACCGGGCGAUUCGAGGCGAGGCUCGAGAAGUGGAAGAAGAGCGCGGAGAAAAGACAGAAAACGGUAGGGAAGGUCGAGGAGAGGCAGCCGAAAGCGACAGACAAGGAGACCAUGUCGAGCAGUGCAUGCGUUCUUGUGGAGGAGACACCGCUCUGAGUCGACUUCUCCUCGCCCUGGAAAAAGUCGCUUCUGCUGUUGGGGCGAGACGAAUGUGA